AUGAGGGGACUGAUAAUCUUGUCGCUUGCGCUCCUUGGGGUCUGUAGUGCCCUUACUGUGCCCCACUCUCUCGUGCAUCCAAAGGAUCUUCAGAUCCAUCAUGGCAGCAUCGAGGGUCGGAUCACCAACGGAAAUCAGGCAACUGAGGGUCAGGUGCCCUAUAUCGUUGGCGUUAGCCUGAACAGCAAUGGAAAUUGGUGGUGGUGCGGAGGAUCCAUUAUCGGAAACACUUGGGUGCUCACCGCUGCCCACUGUACCGCUGGUGCCGAUGAAGCUUCACUGUACUAUGGAGCUAUCAACUACAACCAGCCCGCUUUCCGUCACACCGUCGGGAAGGAGAACUUCAUCAGAUAUCCCCACUACGUUGGACUCGACCACGACUUGGCUCUGAUCAGGACUCCCCACGUGGACUUCUACAGCCUGGUCAACAAGAUCGAGCUGCCCAGCCUGGAUGAUCGCUACAACUCCUACGAAGACAGUUGGGUUCAGGCCGCUGGUUGGGGAGCCAUCUACGAUGGCAGCAAUGUGGUGGAGGACCUGCGAGUUGUGGACCUGAAGGUGAUCUCCGUGGCGGAGUGCCUGGCAUAUUACGGAACUGAAACCGCCUCCGAGAACACCAUCUGUGUGGAAACCCCGAACGGAAAGGCCACCUGCCAGGGAGACUCCGGUGGUCCUCUGGUCACAAAGGAGGGUGAUAAGCUGAUCGGAAUCACUUCUUUUGUCUCCGAUUACGGCUGCCAGGUUGGAGGUCCUGCUGGAUUCACUCGUGUCACCAAGUACUUGGAGUGGAUCAAGGAGGAGACUGGAAUUUAUUAUUAAAGCUAAACUUUAUUACUUUACAAUGUGAUUCUGUAAGGAAUAAACUAUAAUACUUUCCACUUUUUGCUUUGAAUAAAGUCCUUUACAUAUUCUCUUAA